AUGGUAGAUCUUGUCUUGAUUUUAAAACAACACAAUUCACAGCUCAUAAAAGAACGACUGGGCUUUGCUAAUUGUGACACCUCGAUAUACAGAUCCUAUGACAAGAGAAUUUCAAUACUGGAUGAAGGAGCUCGAAAAGUAUUGCCAUCUCUGCACGGCGGCGCCACCAUGUCUGCGGUGGUUGCAGGUAAGUCAACAAUUGCAGAACACAUUAGAAACAGAAAACCCAGAACCAGUAACUACUCUUUGACCGCCUCAGAAACAGAUCCAAAUACCACUUGCUCCAAAUUCACCAUUUCCUCUCUCCUCUCCUCCUCCACAUAUACCACCACCAAUGACAAUCUCAUCAGCAGCAGCAGCAGCACCACCACCGCCAUCAGUUCUUCUAAAAAAAAGAACUUCACAUCUUCAACAUUCAGAGGACUGGGCUGCGCUGCCUCCUCACAGGUCUCUGUGCCUGCAGUCAUUAGGACCUCGGCCAACUGGGAUUCCGAGAAACUGAAAAAGAAAAAGAUGAAAAGCAAGAAAACCAAGCUACCCAGUAAUAACAACUCUGCUGCUGUUGCUGUUACGAAUAACAGCAUCAAUAACGCUAACCCAUCAUCCCAAUCGUCACUUUCGUUGGCUCUAUCAUCAAGUUGUGUGGGUGUGCCUGAUGUUUGGUGUGGCCCUGGGAUUGGGGUCACAACUGAUGCUGCAUCUGUAGAUUGUGUUGUUUCAAGAAGGCCUCCUGUCUCUACCAGAGGCAAAGUCGACGGGGUUGACAAGAUUAACCACAAUCUAAGAGAGCGUUCAUGUACUGUGAGGAGGAUGGUAAACCAUGAAGAUCUCUUUUUCCUUGAUCCUGAAGCAGCCUUAGGAGUGCCACGCUCUCGAGUAGAUGACUCCGGAUCUAGACGUCAUGUUAGACAUGGUUUUCCUGAAGGACUUGCAGAGAUUGUCAUGCUUCAAAGUAGUCUGCUGAUGGGAGGAAGAUCAGAUGGUCUUGAUCAAUAUGGAGAUUGGAGACUUGAUGUCGAUAGCAUGUCAUAUGAGGAAUUGCUGGAACUUGGUGAGAGAAUUGGGUAUGUGAGCACCGGACUGAGAGAAGACGAGAUAACUCGCUGUUUGAGGAGGACAAAGCUUGGAAUAUUAGAUAAAUUUUCAUCACAUUUCCCAACCGAUCUGGAAAAGAAAUGCAGUAUAUGCCAGGAGGAUUAUGAAGCUGAUGAUGAGAUGGGAAAGCUGAACUGUGGACACUUAUAUCACACAAACUGCAUAAAGGAGUGGCUUGUGCAGAAAAAUAUUUGCCCUAUCUGUAAAACGGCAGCUGUCUCUCAAACCUAG